UUCUGGGCGCGUUGUUCAGAGACUGUCGUUUGUUUCGGUCUUUUUGUCCGAGUUUCUCUGGAACAUGCUGGGGCAAGUACAGGGCAAGUACCUUCACCGAUAUGACGCCUAAAACUUAAAUUUACGUUACAGUGGUCGAAAGUAAUGUUAUAACAAGUACCUAUUACGUUAAUACGUGGUUUACUUCUAAUUUCGUGGUGUAAAAGUCGGUAAAAUGUACACUUUCAGACGUUUAAUGUUCGUUUUCGGCAUCAGUGUGCCUCACCACCCCUCCCUCCAUGUGAACUAUUUAUCAAUGUGCCCCAGUUUGAGGUCCUCAAAGAGACGGAGUCCUUACAGCUCUGUGGACAGUGAACGCUACUCUUCUCUGGUAAAGGCCGUCAUGUCGACCAGGGUGAGCUCCCAGACCCCAGAGAGCCUCCAGGCGGAGGACGAGCACAUGUAUGGACCCGUUGUCAAAGCUCAGACUCCAUCCAUAACACCUGAAGUUAGGGGACCAAAAGUCCUACAUCCCUUCUUAAACAGAAGGGAUGUCCCAGAGACAGAAGAGCCAGAAUCAGGACCUCCAGUCCGGAUUGCUUUUACCCGAGGCAAAUCCUCGGUACCGAGUGUGACCCGCAUCCUUCAGCAGACCCUCUCCCCGGAGCAGCUCUUCUACCUGAAUAGGUGGAGGAGGAGGAUGAUCAUGAAGCUGGGAGAGGAAGGCUUCAAGGAGUACAGCCUGAAAUUAUUCCAACAAGGGAAGCAUUUCCAUUCAGCGUUGGAGGACAUUCUGACAUCUGGAGAAUCAUGGAGCAACAGAGAUUCUUCAAAAAUGCAGGAAUAUCCACCUGAGGUGCAGGGAUACAUAGAGAGCAUCUCUCACAUACUGGAAGACGUCAGUUCCGUGAGAGCCAUCGAGAGCACUGUGAAACAUGACACGCUGAACUACCUCGGAGUUGCAGAUUGUGUUGCUCGCUACAGGGGUGUACUUUGUGUAAUCGACUGGAAGACGUCAGAGAAGCCCAAACCAUUCCUGAGCAACACAUAUGACAACCCUAUCCAAGUGGCAGCCUACACAGGAGCGCUGAACAGUGAUAGUAACUACAAAUACCAGGUUGAAAAUGGACUCAUCGUCAUCGCCUACAAAGACGGGUCACCUGGCCACGCCCAUAAGCUGAACUCAGAGCUGAUGUUAGAAAACUGGAGAGCCUGGCUGCUUCGUCUUGAAAAGUUUACAGAACAAAGGUUGAGUGAUGCAUCCAGCACUUUACCAGAGAAGAGAUUAGAAGAUUGAUCAGCAGAGGCAUGAGAGUGAAAUCCCAGUUUAAAAGUGAAACUACAUCAGGCUCCCAGGCUGUGAAACAGACUGAACAGUUAAUCAAAAUG